UCAACUCCAGUUGUACUGCUCACCGGCAAAAGGGGUACAACAGCUUUAGAGAACAACCCGCAGCUUGCGUCCCUGACGCUUAGCUUGGACCAGCCGACUCAAGGGGGAGACCCGCGAACGAUUUGAUCUUCGCAAAAUCUCAGGAGAGACGCCGACCAUGGAUGGCUACAGCAUCUUGGUUUCUUCAUCGACAAGUCCCGAGCCGGUCAGAACCCUGGCCGACAUCGAGAGGAUGGGGCUGGCAAAACUGAGCCCCGGACCUCGUUUCUACUACAGCAUGGGCGCCGACGAGAAGCAGACACUGACGGAGAACGUGAACGCCUUUAAGAGGCUCCGCCUUCUGCCGAGGCUCCUGAGGGGCGUAGUGGACCGAAGCUUGGAGACCGUGUUGCUGGAACAGCGUGUAUCGAUGCCCAUCGGAAUAGCGCCCACAGCGUUUCACAAGAUGGCCCACCCCGACGGAGAAGCCGCCACUGCGAAAGGGCACCCACUUGCCAGGCUCGGCCAUGAGCAUGACGGCAAGAGGACGACCACAUGA